AUGGAUACGCACAAAACAAGUUUUGACGUAUCGAAAAGUCAAGACGUGAAUAAUAUACUCAAGUUAUUAGAAAACGGUGUAAUAUCGGAUGUUGACGAAGAAAGUGACGAUGAAAUUGUACAGGCCUUACCAGAAAAAAAUGUUCGUGUGGGUAGUAAUAUAACAUUACCAACCGAAAGAGUAAUAGCUGAUAACUCUGAAGAGGAGGAAGAUAUGGCAGAGGAGGAAGAUUUACAGGAGGCUGAACCAAAACCUGGAUCAAGUAAACUAAAGUUGGAGCAAAUAUUGAGUGUUGAUGAACAGAUUGUACCUUUUCAAGGAAAACUUGAAAUCAAACAAUAUGUGAAAGGAAAACCACAGCCAUGGGGUGUAAAGAUAUUUAUGAUUUGCGGUAAGAGUGGAUUAGUUUACGAUUUCAUCAUUUAUCAAGGUGCAACUACAAACCUAGACAAAAAUGACGUUUUGAAAUAUGGCACAUCUGCUGCUUAUUGGAUGGACAACAAAGGCGUCGUACUUGCUUCAAAUUUUGUUGGAAUAGGAAACCAAGAUGAAGUUCGGCGAUGGAAUAAAAUAUCUAAAACAUAUGUAACUAUAUCGCGUCCUGAACUGGUGCAAUUAUAUAACAAUGGUAUGGGUGGUGUAGAUAAAACUGAUCAUCUGAUUAGUUUGUAUCGUAUUUUCAUAAGAUCCAAAAAAUGGACAUUACGAAUGAUAUUUCAUGCCAUUGACCUAGCGCUGACCAAUAGUUGGCUAGAAUACCAAGAAGAUUGCAAAACCUGCAAUAUACCAAGUACAGACGUUUUAGAUCUGUUGCACUUUCGGCAGCGUGUUGCAGAGGCUCUUAUAAAAAUGGGGCUUCCAAUCCCCAGCAAAAAAAGAGGACGGCCUGCGUCUGGAGGUAGUAGUCCAGUAAAUUCACCAGCUACGCCAAAACGACAUCGUUUUAGAACUGAAAUAAGGCCUGCAAGAGAAAUUCAGUACGACACAGUUGACUAUUUGCCAGAAUAUGAUCAGAAAAAAGAAGCUACAAGAUGUAAAAAUCCAGGAUGUAAAGGAAAGACACAUGUUUACUGCCUGAAAUGUGAAAUACAUUUAUGUUUUACCAGUGACCGAAAUUGCUUCCGAAAAUUUCAUCAAAAACAAGAAUAA